UCCCCGUCUACUGGGGAAUUAGACCUUGCGGGUAAUCACAUUGAAACAAAAGCUCUUUAUACACCUGAAGAUUGGACGGAACUGGUACAGAACUUUGAGCAAGAGGUCAAGCUCUCAAAGACCAGUGCCUAA